CCUGGCCCGAACCUGGGUGACCCGCUCUCUCCUCCUCCUCCCAGCCUUGGGUCCGCGGAGCCCCGCAGGCCCCCGACGCCCUGCGCCUUCUCUCCCCGAGGUGGCCAUGGAUGCGGCGACGCUGCCUCCCACGCCGCCCUCUCCCCGGGGCAACCCAGCCUCUCGGACCAUCCACAUCGAGUUCCCUCAUCACAGCUCCUCGCUGCUGGAGUCCCUGAACCGCCACAGGCUGGAGGGCAAGUUCUGUGAUGUGUCCCUCCUGGUUCAGGGCAGGGAGCUCAGGGCUCACAAGGCGGUGUUGGCCGCUGCCUCGCCUUACUUCCACGACAAGCUGCUUUUGGGGGAUGCGCCCCGACUCACUUUGCCGAGUGUCAUCGAGGCAGACGCCUUCGAGGGACUCCUUCAGCUCAUUUACUCGGGGCGCCUCCGCCUGCCGCUCGAUGCUCUCCCUGCCCAUCUCCUUGUCGCCAGUGGCCUGCAGAUGUGGCAGGUGGUGGACCAGUGCUCGGAGAUUCUUCGAGAACUAGAGACAUCGGGUGGUGGUGGAGUCUCGGCUGGCGGAGGAGCCUCCUACCACACAGUUCUUUCCACAACCUCUCCGGGAGGCUGGUGCAUCCGGUCCUCCCCUUUCCAGAGCACAGCGCGGUCCUCUGCUCCCACAGAGAGCUCGGCUUCUACUGAGAGCCCCGUGGGAGGGGAGGGGAGCAAAGUGGAAGAAGGAGUGUUAGAGAUUCAGGUGAAGGAGGAGGAGGACGAGCAGGGGUCAGCAGCCCCGCUCUUCCAGACUCCUCAGCCUCAGAGAGUAUCCGGAGGGUUUCCCCACGCCUGUGCACCCCACCCACUGCCCACAUCUGCUCUUCCCAGCAAGCCUCCGGAGGAGGAGAAUUCAGCCCUUGAGCCUCCUGCCCCUCCUGGCCGAGCUUCCCAGGUCUUGUAUGUCAAUCAGGAAGCCCUUGAGUCUAAGGAGGAGACAUCAGGAAGUAGGACUCGGUCUGGAGGAACAAAGGAGAAGACCAAAGCCGUUUCUGAAGGGGACUCUGAGGGAAAUGGGGAACUAAGAUACUUGCUGUCCUCAGGAGGAGGGGAAACCUCUGGAGCAGGGGAUCCACCCUGGAAGCCAGUGGAUCUUCACGGGAACGAAAUCCUGUCAGGGGGCGGGGGGCCUGGAGGCUCGGGGCAAGCUGUGCAUGGGCCUGUGAAGCUGGGAGGGACGCCCCCCGCAGAUGGGAAAUGCUUUGGGUGCUUGUGUGGAAAACGGUUUGCAGUAAAGCCGAAGCGGGACCGCCACAUCAUGUUGACCUUCAGCCUUCGCCCUUUUGGAUGUGGCGUCUGUAAUAAACGCUUCAAGUUGAAGCACCAUCUGACAGAGCACAUGAAGACCCACGCUAGAGCUCUGCAUGCCUGUCCCAACUGUGGCCGUCGGUUUCGCGUCCAUGCCUUUUACCUGCGCCACCGCGACCUGUGCAAGGGCCAGGGCUGGGCCACUGCCCACUGGACUUACAAAUGACUGCUAAUGCUGUAUACUGACUUCUAGGAUAAGACAUAGCCGCUGCUGCUGCUGCUGGAUUCUUACCCUUCACCACCUCAGUCCUGGAUCGUGUAGCCAUCCCAAGAGAUGAGAUACGUUAUGAGCCCCUUACUGUUGGCUAUGGGCCUCACCCUCGUGUGCUCGGAAGUUCAGGGUUCUCAGUUCAGCUGUUUGUUAAGCAGACUCUAGGAAAGUCAUACUUUUGAUCACUUAAGCUAUGUGGCCCUCUUUGUUUUGAUAGCCAGUGAGGAAACCAUUGACUUCAGAUGAAGUUAGUGAGAGAAGAGUUGGAACAAAAUGACCUAGUAACUUUUACUUCACCUUCACCAGGAGGUAAGGGAGCUGGUCUCCAACUAGAAACGUGUUUGAUUCAGAGCUCAACCAAUUGCCAGACUGAACUCCAU